UCUUAAACAACUGACUCUCAUCCUUACAUUCUCAAACUUGACUCUGAUGCAGUUUGAAACAAAUUAGUACACCAUUGAACAGAGGAGGAAGAAGCCAUGGCUGGAGGCUUCGCGGUUGCAAGUGAAGCCCGAUACACCGGAAAAGUCACUAUCUUCGUCGUCUUAUCUUGUAUGAUGGCUGCCAUGGGUGGAGUUAUCUUUGGCUACGAUAUUGGAAUUUCAGGUGGAGUGACAUCUAUGAGGCCAUUCUUGAAGAAAUUUUUUCCUGAAGUGUUUAGGAGGAUGGAGGAGGACACCAAGAUUAGCAACUACUGCAAAUUCGACAGCCAAUUGCUAACAUUAUUCACAUCCUCCAUGUAUUUGGCAGGCCUCAUUGCAUCAUUUUUCGCGUCGUCCACUACCAAAGCCUACGGCCGCAAACCCUCCAUCAUCAUUGGCGGUGCUGCAUUUCUCGCUGGAGCAGCGCUUAAUGGCACAGCUCUCAACAUAUACAUGCUCAUUUUCGGCCGAGUCCUUCUUGGAGUUGGUGUUGGUUUUGCCAACCAGGCAGUUCCACUAUAUCUAUCAGAAAUGGCGCCACCAAAAUACAGAGGAGCCUUCAACAAUGGGUUUCAGCUGAGUGUCGGCAUUGGCGCCUUAACCGCAAACCUCAUAAACUACGGCACUGUGAAGAUCAAGCAAGGCUAUGGCUGGCGAAUUUCUUUAUCCAUGGCGGCCGUUCCAGCUUCCAUUCUAACCUUAGGCGCUCUCUUCCUUCCCGAAACACCAAACAGUCUAAUCCAGCGCGGCCAAAACCAACAACAGGCGAAGCAGAUGCUGCAGAGGAUCCGCGUAACAAGCGAUGUGGAUGCUGAGCUGCACGAUCUCAUCAGUGCCAUUGAAAAUUCUAAUACUCUGCAAAAUCCUUACAAUCAGAUCCUGCAGAGAAACUACAGACCGCAGUUGAUAAUGGCGAUCGCCAUCCCCUUCUUCCAGCAGGUGACCGGGAUCAACGUCAUCGCCUUCUACGCUCCCAUAGUGUUCCGUAUCAAAAUAACAAAACGUGUCAAAUUUUCGUUGAUCUCUCAUGCGUAGAGAAUUUGAGGCAU